GGACAAAUUGAUCGUGGUGGAGUGGAGAUCCGUUUUCACUCGUUUCACAUCUGCUGGAAGAAUAGAGCAAAAAGUAAAUACGGGUUAAUCCAACUUGGGAGAUUUCACGUCAAGUUUGUAACUAGAUAAGUAACCGGGCAAGGUACACUCUUGAUGUGAGUUGAGUUUGUAAACAUUUUUGUCUCGUGCAUAGACGUACCUUAUGUAUAGCAAUCUUUAUUUCAACUGAAAAAGCAAAUAGGUAUUCAACACUCGAACUUUUUACGAGCCUUUAUUUACGAAGUAAAAACAUCCUACUGUAGUUCGUAAAUUUCGUAAAAUUUCAUAAGUCAAAUUUCCGAAGAGAUGUGUGUAAAAGUUUAUAGUUUACAAACCUUACGAAAGUUAUGUACGUACUUGAGUUCCCUCAUUAAUUACAAGUUGUACUUAAACGUGUACCCGGCGUACCUCUUGACAUUUACUUACUUGCUGUCAAUUAACGAGAACGGGGCUAAUGUUGGAGCAAGGACAUUUUACGACAGUUACCGAAGAUGUAACUGGCCCCAAUGGAAGUCUUGAUUAUGACGUAAUUGGUCACGUGUGCAAAUUCUUGGCCACCUCAGACAUCAAGAAGUGUCGGCUUGUCUCCUCUUCUUGGAAUUAUCAAUGUACCCCCGUUCUUAGAGCCAGGACACGAAUACGAAUUGACCUAUCGCCUGGAUAUGAUGAUGAUUGCGAACGUUUGGAAAGCUGGGACCUGUCCUACUUCACGGAUAGGAUUAACCUCUCCCCGGUCAAUAUUGAUCUGUUUAUUCCAUCUUCCCACAGUUACAAUCUGACACCCCUGGAUUUCUCCGCAAUUCUUUUAUUCAAAAAUUUAAAAUCAUUUAUUGUCCAUUACCCCGCCAAGCUUGAGUUUCUUUGGAUGAAGGAAUUAUCCACGAACAUUGUUUCCUCGUCGUCCACGACGUUGGAGGAAUUGGAAUUCGAGUGGUUAGAAGACGAGGCUUCCUUAGAUUUCGGAUCCCUUGGAGGGAUCGUUUUUACAAAAUUGGUGAAAUUAAGGGUCGACAGUAACUUCUUCACGAAUGGGCCUGUUCAACCCAUUGGGCAAGUUUUGUUUGCAGCAUUCCCAAACGUAAAGGAUCUCGCAAUGAAUUGUUUCUACUUGGCACAAAUUUCAAAGGAGGGCCUACUACCAAAUUUCACACGGUCCCUCAGUUCCUUAUCGGUGGUUGGAGAAUUCGACGCCACUAGGCUGGAAUGUCUUCUAAAAAUUCCCACCAGUUUGAAGAAACUUGAGAUCGGGCCUGCUGAGUCCUCUCUGAAAAUUGACCAUCGGGUGGAUGAGCUGCCAACAAUUUUGCACCAAAUAUUAAGCAAACACGCCACCACGUUGGAGGAACUAUUUAUCCACGUGGAAUGGUUACAAGGAGGGAAGAACCUGGAGUGGAAAUUUCCAGCGUUUCCCAUCUUGAAGAAACUUUGGAUCAUGAAUUGUGAUACAUUUACCACAAUUGUUUUCGAAACCGGCCCGGGAUCAGGAUGUUUUGAACCGAUUAACUACCCCAAAUGUUUCCCAGAAUUGGAAAUCUUGAAAAUUUUCAGUCAUACGGGCAAGUCGGCCAGAGUGGAGACAUUCCUUCCGGAGAAAAUGGAUCGUCAAGUCGUCGAGUCCGUGAGACAGGUUGAUGUCAGCAUUUAUGAAUACAGAUUUCGUGUUAUAGAAGAAGCCGCUGUUUUGGAAGAGGUUAAAAUAUAUCUGCGACUUUUGUCUCUUUUUCCUAACACGAGAGAUUCUGUUAUACAGAAUUUAGAGAGAGUACUUGUGUACGCUGGUGGAAAAAACUUGGUAUCCAGGUAUUCAGGAUACCGGGAAAUUUUGCGGGCGCCGAAGGCGGCCGCAAAUUUUUUUUGUCGCCAGAACAAACGGGAAAAAAAACGAGAAGAAAAAAAAAAUUGACGAAAAAAAUACGAAGCGGAAAGAAAAAAUGGGAAGGAGGGAGAAACAAGGGCGAAAAAAUACGAAGCGGGAAGGAAAAAAACGGGAAGGAGGGAGAAACAAGGGCGAAAAAAUACGAAGCGGGAAGGAAAAAACGGGAAGGAGGAAGAAAAAGGGGCGAAAAAAUACGAAGCGGGAAGGAAAUAAACGGGAAGGAGGGAGAAAAAAGGGCGAAAAAAUACGAAGCGGGAAGGAAAAAAGGGGAAGGAGGGAGAAAAAAAUGCGAGAAAAUACGAACCGGGGAGGAAAAAAACGGGAAGGAGGGAAAAAAAUUAAAGAAAGAAUACGAAGCCGGAAGGAAAAAAACGGGAAAGAGGGAAAAAAAUUAAAGAAAAAAAUACGACCGAAAAAAAUACGAAGCAGGGAUAAUAAAUUGCGAGGGAGUAAAACGACCGAUAAAAAGACGACGCGGGCAGAAAAAAAUUUCGAGGGAGGAAAAACGGACGAAAAUGAGGAAGCCGGAAGGAAGAUGAGAGAAAAUCAGGGUUGGGUAAAAUACUAUUUGAAAUACAAAAUACAAAUUACAAAAUAAAAAAUACUAUUUUGCAUUUUGUAUUUUGAGGGCCAUGGUUCAGUAUUUUGUAUUUUGAAGCUAGCCGGGUAUUUUGUAUUUUGUAUUUUCUAAUUUUUCGGUCGGUCAAUGUAUUUUAAAUACAAAAAUACUUUACAAAAUAAAUUUUGCAAAUAUGAGACGAGCUCAUGAGAAGAACAUGGCUGUGUCAGAAUACUACAAAAAAUAUGUCAUAUUUAUGCAGAUGAUUAAUUUUUAAUUUUUAAAUUUCUCUCAAGUGUUAUGAUGGGUAUUAAAACUUAUUUUUACUUCCUUAUCGACACUUUAUCGUACGAGAAUGUCUUUUUGUAGUGCGAGAAAGAUUAAAAUUACUUAGAUUGAAAUUAUGUAGGGCUUAUAAUCUUCGUAUCAUUUUUUAGAUAACAAAUGACCUCAAGCAUACCCGGAAAAAUAAUUACUAACUUCCAAAUAAUGCUGUGAACUAAAAUGAGUUUGAAAUUUGAACUUGACUUGCAUUUUCAGGGUCAAAUCUGGCAAUAGUAUUUUGUAUUUUGGAAUGUAUUUUAAAUACGUAUUUUGUAUUUUUAGAUUUCGACGAUUUUGGCCAAAAGUAUUUUGUAUCUUGUAUUUUGAAAAAUUUGAAGCGUAAAGGAAACCCCGUUUUUCUCUCCCGUUUCUUUUAGUUGACGGGAAAGAAAAAAACGGGUGAGGCGGAGAAGUUACACAACGGGAGGAAAAAGCCGACGGAAAACAGAAAGUAGGAAGAAAAUCGGACGAAAAGGAUUUGAAACACGGAUAAUACGAACCGACGUCAAGACUAUAAACCGGGAAUUGUCAAAUUUGCGUUAGGUUAGCAUAGUCCGACCUAUAAAAUGCGUUAGUCGCAUCCAGUACAAAUACCCCAGAAUUAUUUAUGGGGUUCCUGCUUUUUGGAGGCUAUUAGUUGUUUUGCUAUGAGUUGUUGACUAAUCUUAUGCAGCCACUCUCACCAUCGUCCGUGAAAGACAUUAUGCCAAGUUUGAUAGUAUUUGGGAAUAGGUUUUUGAGUUAGGCACCGUAAAUACUCUAUUUAUAGCCGGGGCUAAAAUCCAAAACUGGGGGUCACAGACCCGGCUACAAUUAGAGACCGGCUAUAAUUAGAGACCCGGCUAAAUUUUGUUCCGCCCUAAUUUUAGUCAUUAUAAAAUUAGCGAAUAAUUUAUGUUGACUCGAUUUGAGUUAUUUUAUUUAGCAAAAUAUGACAUCAGCUAAAUAUUCACUUUAAAUCUACUUCUUUUGACGAGGUUUUGUAGUUUUUAAAAACUGUCGUGAUUAAAUAUAUGCAUUAUGUUUAAGAUCUUAACACGUAAUUCUGUAAAUUUUGACCUUAUUCGUUGAUUAACCGGAUGUUCAGUAUUUUCGUAGGAUUGGGUAUGAACAGGGAUACAGCGAAAAAUACAGGCCAUAAUUAGAGACCCGGUCAUAAUUGGGGACCCGGCUAUAAUUAGAGACCCGGCUAAAAUUUUGAAAUCUUGGUCUCCAGACCCGGCUAUAUUUGGAGACCGGCUAUAAUUAGAAUAGGGCUAUAAAUAGAGGUUUUACGGUACGUAUGCUUCUAAUGAAGAAUUAUUUAGCGAUCUACAUACAACAAAGCGUAGCAGUAAAAUUAUCUGGGUGGCGGAGAUGUGGGGAGCUUGUUUAGUACUUUUAAGUGCACUUCCUCACCUUAGGAUUAGAACCAUUUACUUUUUCAAGCUAUAUUUUAUUAAAUAUGAAUUCCUAUCGGAUAUCAAUAUUUUUGUUUAAUUGAGAACUCCGGCUUGAGGAGUUGUAUGCACAGUGUGCUAAAACUAGCUAGAAUCUUUCAGAUCGUUGGAGAUAAUAAAAAUAUGAUAAAUGCAUUUCAAAUUUGAAUAAAUACCGCAAGUCAAUUUUUAAAUAUUAUAAGGCAAAUUAUGUAGUGUGUAAGAUCUUGAAAGGAAGCUGGGGUUUAUAACAUCCGAAAUGGAAAUUUGAAUGGCGAAACAUAAAAUUGUUAAGGGAGUUGAAAGUAAGAUUCAGUCUAGUCUCCAAUAAAAUAAACCCGAAAAAACGAGAAUCUUAUGUGAGAGUAAGUGUAACGGAAAGUUUAAAACAAAACUAUUAAAAUGAUAAUCAAUUAUUUGUAUCACCACCCGCUGUAUGUUUGAUACCACUAAAAAGUUUUAGAAGUUUUUCGUCACAUUUUUCGAAUUCGUAACAAUUUGAAAUUAUUCGUCGAAAUGUGUUUCACCCGAUGAGCAGAUUUGCUGCCCGUCUUGAACUUAGAGAGCAAAAACCUGUGAAGUGUUGUGCAUUGUAUAUUAACUAAGUUUUAAUUGAAUAAAUAUAAUUAUUGAGUAUUUGUUGCAAUUUAUCUAUGUGGUAUCAAAAAUACGGCGGGCGGUGACGCACAUAUGUAUGUACUAUUCACCUAAGAAUCUCGUUUGUUUGAUUUAUUUUAUUUUGCAACUUUUUUAAUUUUUCCUUUAUUCAUCAAUUAACAGGGGUGCAUGGCAUAAUGAUUUGCUGGCAUUAUUACCACAACAGCGCCCAAUGCUGGAAAACUUCCAACCGACUUAUCUCAGCCAUUUGAUUACCGAUUUUGUUACUCGCGGAAGCAAAAAUAUAGCAAUAAACAUACGAAAUAAUUUUGCAAGAAUUUUCAAAGAAGGUCUAUACAUCAAUGCUGAAGAAACAGCCAUGAAUCAAAAAGAUGGAAUGAUAAUCAACCCGAUUUGGACAUCUGCUUUAUUACAUUUACUGUAACCAAACAACCUAAUAUUAUGACUCAUAAUCUUUUACUGAUACAGGCACAAAAACAAAAAAUAUUUUUUACUUCUCUUCUGUUUUUAUUCUCCCCUGAAGAAGACAAUAGUUAAUUGUCGAAAUAUUGGGACAAUAAAUUGUUUUAAAAGUCAACCCACAAUGUCCGUCUCAACUAAUUUAAAAUACGAAAUAAUAUUUUUUAUGUCUGAAUAUGGUUAGAGUUCUGGUUCACAAAAUUACUCUAUCGAAAUUGUUUUGGGAGGAAUCCUCUAAGAAACAUCCUCCUGGAGGGUGUUUUUGGCCCAUAAGUCG